CGGAAGCGGAAAGGUCGGCCCCGCCUCCGCUCGGCGACGCAUCGUGAGGCGAGAGGAGGCCGUUGCCGCGGAGCAGCAGGAGCCGGACGAGUCCCCGGCGAUCCCGAUAUUAAUAAAGCAGCGGAAAGAAGAAAUAUGAAUAAGCCUCCCUCCAGGUCCAGCCCAGCGCGAAGAGAGCCCAUCCCCUAUGGCGAGAGGGACGCGCGGCGUGACCGCUCUCCUAACCGGGGUAGUCCGCGCAGGGACGGCAGGAAUGGCCGAGACUCCAGGGACGGACGGGACCUUCGGGUGCGAGAUAUGCGUGGGGCCAGGGAUCACCGAGACCCCAGAGACCUGAGGGAUCCCCGUGACCUGCGAGAUCCCCGAGACCCUGUCUAUGACCGCUACAGGGAGCCAAGAGAGCCUCCGUACAGGCGAGAGGAAGGCUACGACCGCUACACGCGCCCUGAUGAUUAUUAUCGAAGGCGGGAGGAGCCGUGUUAUGACCGCUACCGAGACCACUUGGAGAGGCCCCCCUUGAGCACUGAAGAGCGCAUGAAGCGGGAGGAGCGACGCCGGGAAGAGCUUUAUCGACAGUUCUUUGAGGACAUCAAGAAGCGCAUCGAUGCUGAGCGGCCGGUGGAUUGUUCUGUGAUUGUGGUCAACAAGCAGACCAAGGAUUAUGCCGAGUCGGUGGGACGUAAGGUGCGUGACCUUGGCAUGAUGGUGGAUCUGAUCUUUCUCAACUCAGAGAUGUCUUUGCAGCAAGCCCUGGAUGAUGUGAGCCAAGGGGGCUCUGCCUUUGCCAUCGUCAUCACCCCGCAGCACCAGGUUCAUCACUCCUGCACAGUCAAUAUCAUGUUUGGCACCCCCCAAGAGCAUCGGAACAUGCCCCAGGCGGACGCCAUGGUGCUGGUGGCCAAGAACUACGAGCGCUACAAGUCCGAGGUCCGGGAGAAGGAGCGGGAGGAGAUCGCCAGGCGGGCGGCCAAGAUGGCCGAUGAGACCAUCCUGCAGGAGCGGGAGCGCCCCCCUCCCGCCGAGGAGGGUCUCCGGGGCAGCCACCCCCCAGCCAUCCAGGCCCUCCUGAACCUGCUGGCUGACAACCGCUACCUGACUGCAGAGGAGACGGACAAGAUCAUCAACUACCUCCGGGAGCGCAAGGAACGGCAGCUGCGCGCCAGCGCCGACUCCCUUCCCGCCUCGCUUCCCAGGCAGACCAUGGGAGCCCCUUCAGGGUCCUCGGUGCCGAGCUCCCAGGGACACCAGAGCGGCCAGCCGCUGCCCGCCUCUGCCACGGCCACAGGCGCUUCCAGUUCGCAGCAGGAGCUGCAGGCCAAGAUCCUCAGCCUCUUCAAUAGCGGGGUGGCCGCCGUUGCAGCGACCGUGGCAACUGGGAGCACUUCGGGGGUUGGGGCAUCUCAGAACCCGGGUUUUGCUUCCGGGCCGAGCACACCUGGCCGGGCCCCGCAGCUGGGCAUGGCUGGGGCCUCCCAGGCCCAGCAGCGAGCCCCGUCCCAAGCCACCCAGUUCCCAGGCCACCCGGGCUCCGCCAGGGUCGCUGGUCCCCAGGCUUCAGCUCCGCAGCCGUCCCAGCCCCUUUACCAGAGCCGGCCCCCUGCGCCCAGUAACACAGCUGCCUCACGGCCAGCGCCAUCUCUGGGGAUCAACUUCGACAACCCCAGUGUGCAGAAGGCCCUCGACACCCUGAUCCAGAGCGGCCCCGCCCUCUCGCACCUGGUGAGCCAGACGGUGGGCCAGGCCCGGGCGGUGCCCCCGGCCCAGCAGGCCUUGGGCUCCUACCAGCGGCAUUACUGAUGCCAAGUGGGCUCGCCUGCCCCACAGCUGAAUGUUUUGGGCGGUGCGUGUCUCUCCCCCUUCCCGCCUCCCCCCUCCCCCUCCGGCAGGCUUCUAGUUGCCUUGGGCCAGAGAAGGCUGCAAGGGCAUGCCUUGCCUCAGGCAGCCUCUGCCGCUGGCGCCCCUUCGUCCCCUGCCUCUUGCCUUGUCAGUUGGGAAGGGGGACCAAGAGGGGACACGCGCUCCCAAGCAACAAAGGGCGGUCCACAGCUGGCAAGGGUAGGUGGGCUUAGGGGCAAGUCCAGAUGUGUCGCUGCCAUGGGAAUAACUGGUUGGUGGCUGGUGUUCAGCCCUGCCAGGCGGGAACGUGGUCCUUCUCCAAGAUGGUAGGAGGGUUUUGCCGGCUUUCCUUUGGCCCGAGACACCGCCUUUGAUUUAAUGUUGUAAAGUUUGAAAGUUAACUUUGGGGGACCUCAGAGGUCAGUUUCUUUCCCAACAGAGGAGCCUCUGCUCAGAGGCUCUUAGCGGCGACUGAUGCCUGGGGCUGUCGCUGUUCUGUUCUUUAAUGGUUCUGUUAUGUAGAGACCUCUGUACUGCUAGCGAGAGGACAUAACUUUUUAAUAAAAUAUACAUAUGUAUAUAUAUAU